CAAACUUCCUCUGAAACGGCUACCUAGCGAUGGAGUGGGAGUGCUGAGGUAGUUAGUUAGCCAGGCAGGCAGUGAGUCACAAACAAUUCAGCUGAGUGUUUGAGAGUCCGGUAUUUACUAGAUAGUUAUUUAGCUACGAAACUCACCGACUGCCAGUCUAGCCAAGAAACUGUUAGUUUAGGAGCAUUGCUAAUGCUAGCUAGCUAGUUAACUUAGUUCUUACGGCACAAACCCCUCAACUUGUCAACUCAACUGGCUAGCUAGUAAGGAUUUAACGUUAGCUAGCUCACUAAAGUAAGGGAUAGUGUGUUUUUCCCACACUGUGGGCCACAGUCUACAACUUGUAUUUGCCUGCCUAACAAUAUUGCAGUCAUGUCCGCGGCAGGAGACUUCGGAAACCCUCUAAGGAAAUUUAAAUUGGUCUUUCUUGGCGAACAGAGCGGUAAGUGAACACUGUGUGGGGUAACGACUAACGUGUUGUGGUCAUCAUCAGUUUAGCUAUUAACUGGCUAACUAGCUAAUGCCAGCUCUCUUCAAUCAUCCUGGGCGAGUUCCUUAGUUUUAAUCGAUAUCCACCGACAGCCAUAAUAACGAGACCAUGGCGAUUAAAUUAUCUAAAUAGCUACGAUUAGUGAUAUUGAACCUAUCGGUGAUAUCAAGUGUUUAGCUACUUCGUUGCUACCCUAGCUAGCUAACUAGUUAUUUAACGACCGUUAACUAAGCUAGCAAGCUGUUGGGUGACGAGUUGUUUCUAGUUCACCCAGUCAGUCAGGUCAGCAGUCGAGUUGUAACGACGUUAACUAAAAUAAAUCGAAACACUACGUUAACUAGCUAUCCAGUUGCUACAUACUACUAGAAUAUAACCCGUUAUGGUAGGUUGGUAUAACUAUGGCAUACUAUGUUUAGGUUAUCUAGGUUUGAUGUAUCUCAUUCACAAUCAACUAUGGUCGGUGUUGAUUGAACAGUCAGAAAUUUCAGAUUUGUCUUUGGUGUUGUUCAGAGCAGUUGUCAAGUUUUCGGUGCUAACGUUAGCCAUCUGUCGUUACUCUGGCCAAAUACAGCCUCUGUGUCAAGAAAGAUGUCGCAUUGUACGUCAAACCAAAGCGUCAGUAUCAAUGCGUGGGCGCUUUGCCAAUGUUUAUUAAUGUCUUUAUGCUAACGUUAUAUGGUUGAUUUAUAGACUCAUGCCUGCCAGCCAGCACUGUCUUCUUCUCUCGUGGAGAGUUGGCACUUCAUGUUGUACAUUUCAACAGAUUUCUGUUCUCAUGAUGUGGUGGCAAUUCUGUUUCUCUUUUAAAAAGCAACGGUUCUUAUAAAACCACCUGUUUCUCUGAUUCUGACAACCAGUUGAGCUAUUGUGCUGGAUGGGAUCAGAGAUACCCGUAACCCAACUUUCCCACAACGUAGAUUGCAGACAGAACCACUGAUUUGAGGCCUGUGGUUUUCAGAGCCCCUUUCUUUGCCAGCAUUGUUCAACAUAAGCACUGUGGUGUGCAGGAUAUCACAUCUGUGUCUUCCCUGACUCCAUUCAGGAUGACCACAGGUUUCAGCCCUCUGGAGCUCUCACCGCAAUCAAACAGCUCCUACUUAACUCUAGAAUUAAGCAAUUAACCUCUCUGUCCAACUUUAGUUGAUUUCUCUGACCUCUAGUUAUUGGAUGGGGGCCCUGUUUCAAUCACAAUUCUUUGUUGAGACACAGAGAAAUAUCGAAUUGAACAGGAACUAGUGUGGUUUGGGGCUUUAGGAUGCAAAUACAGUAGUAUGAUGGAUAUGUCAUAUAACAUUACUGCAUUGAGGAACAGCCAAGGACUGGAAUGAUGCCUUAACCUGGGUUACAGGCCUGAUCUCAGCACUGCUGAGGGGGUGGGAUGGUAUGGCGGUGGCCUGGAAGUCAAUCUGUUCCUUUCAUCGUAUGCAAGCCUAUAAAAUAGUAUAUCCUAUAUACCACUGUCAGCAACAAACAUCCCCCUCCUCUAACCAGAACCAAUGCUACACUUCAAUGAGAUUUAUGUGUGUGUUUGUGCUGCUAACAAACGUGUGUGAUGUUUCUGUUGAGACUGGAGUUAGGGAGGAGUAAUGUGGAGAAUAUACUGCUGUGAUUUAUUUUGCGUUCUGCCCAAGAGGAAUGAAGCCUGACCUCUCACCCCUUCGCAGCCAUUUAUGUAAGCAGGGAUUUCUGCGCUGGUGUGAGAGGUGAACACUGGAUCAGAGUGAAUAACUCCUGCCUUUUCAUGUGCACAAAUUAGGCCUAGUCAGUAUAAAUCCCUCAACGCUGGGAAACACACAAACGACAGACUUAACACUCAUAUGUUUUUGUCUGACAUGUACAACUGUCCAGACUAAUGAAAAUGGGUAUAGAUUUUAAGUGACUUUACUUCUCAGGUGUUUUCGCCAUUAGAUCUUAUCAGUGUAAUUACUAAUUGCAUGUUUGAAAGGACGGCCUGACCCUCCCAAAUUAGGCCUACCCUUCCCUAUAAUUAUGAGAUGUUAAAUCGAGGUCCUGACUCUCUGUGGGCAAGAGUAGGGAGGGAGUGUUUAUCCUGGUUUCUUGGCUGGUUCCCAAUUCCCAACCUGGUCAUCGUAUUACUCUGGCCACCUAAUCAUCCCCAGCUUCCAAAUGUCUCUUUGAGCUACUCAUCUCCCCGAAAACUCUUUCCUAGGCUGUUGCUAAAGUGUUCUCACCUCUUAGACAACUUACCUGGUAAGUAAAAAUAAUGCUAAAAACAAACAGCUCUCUUGCUAGCAGGCAUGUAAGCAUGUUUAUAUUUAUUUAAGGAAUACAAUUUUGUUUUUAGGAAGUGGUGGGCCUCUAAAUUAAACAUUAUUUUGAACUCCGCCCAGGGAAACUGGGAAGGGGGCGGUCUUGAACUCAAACUAGGUUAUGGUUUUCCUCUCAGGAAUAGUAGAGGUGGGCAAUGGAAUCGGUCAAGUCCUACCUUCUAAUUUUAGGGAACACCACAGACGGGUUGGUGAGGGAAGGUGCAAGAAGGAGACUGAAGAAAUUCGUCUUGGUCCCUAAGAACCUCACAAACUUCUACAGAUGCACCAUUGAGAGCAUCCUGUUGGGCUGUAUCGUCACCUGGUACAGCAACUGCACCGUCCACAACCGCAGGGCUCUCCAGAGGGUGGUGCGGUCAGCCCAGCGCAUCACCGGGGUCACACUGCCUGCCCACCAGGACAUCUACAGCACCCGGUGUCACAGGAAAGCCAAGAAAAUCAUCAAGGACCUCAGCCACCCGAGCCAUGCCACGGCCUGUUCACCCUGCUACCAUCUAGAAGCGGAGACAUUACAGGUGCAUCAAAGCUGAGAUGGAGAGACUGAAAAACAGCUUCCAUCUCCAGGCCAUCAGACUGUUAAACAGUCACCACUAGCCGGCCUCCGCCCAGUUCCCUGCCCUGAACUUUAGUCACUGACCGUGUCCGAAUGCCCAUACGUGCGUCCUACACUGUACAAAACAUUAAGAACACCUUCCCAAUAUUGAGUUGCAUUUGCCCUCAGAACAGCCUCAAUUCGUCGGGGCAUGUACUCUACAAGGUGUCGAUUAGCGUUCCACAGGGAUGCUGGCCCACGUGGACUCUUAAUGCUUCCCACAGUUGUGUCAAGUUGGCUGGAUGUCCUUUGGGUGGUGGACCAUUCUUGAUACACACAGGAAACUGUUGAGCGUGAAAAACCUAGCAGUGUUGCAGUUCUUGACACAAACUGGUGUGCCUGGCACCUACUACCAUACCCCGUUCAAAGGCACUUAAAUAUUUUGUCUUGCCCAUUCACCCUCUGAAUGGCACACAUAUACAAUCCAUGUCUCAAGGCUUAAAAAUCAUUCUACCCUGAUUUGAAGUGAAUUUAACAAGUGACAAUAAGGGAUCAUAGCUUUCACCUAGUCUGUCAUGGAAAGAGCAGGUGUUCUUAAUGUUUUGUACUCUCAGUGUAUCUUCUGUAUUCUAGUCGAGGCCUAUUCUAUAUUACUACUGCUGUACACACCUUUGCUAUUCAUAUACUGCCCAUAAUGUUUUUAUACACACCAUCAUAUAUAUUUAUAUCCUGGACUCUGACAUUGCUCGUUCUAUAUUUCUUAAUUCCUUUCUUUGGGGGGGGGGGGGGGGGAUUUGCGUGUUUUGUAUUGUCAGGUAUUACUGCACUGUUACUGCAGCUAGGAACAUAAACAUUUCGCUACACCCGUGAAAACAUCUGCUAAAUAUGUGUAUGCGACCAAUUUUGAUUUGUUUUAAUAUGGGGCUAUGGGGAAAGCUGUACCGUUUGAUUGGGAAUACAUUUCUACCUGUGGCAGCUACAAGGUAUUCUCUGUCAAAUCAUGGCAUGUUCAUUCACUGGUCAGCGUUAGUGGCUCCACAGAAUGAUUUAAAUGUAGCUGGGGGCCUUUGCCAUCUGGCAUUCCUGUCACAAGAAUGUCACUCUUAUCUUCCCUUCCAUACUUAGCCCAUGCUGGGGAUUGGUGUCACGUCCUGCCUUUAAUCUAUGUACACUCAAUGGCACAAGAGCUGCUCCAUUUUCUUGCAUUCAAGGAGAAGUUUUCAGUUUCAAAAGUAGCCAUGUCAUUGGUAUAUUUUAGAGGUCACACACUGGGCAGGUUGACCUCUUCAACUCUUUGUCUGUAUUUAACUUCCAUUGAUGCCCAUUUGAUUGGCUGUUUGCUAUCAGGAAGAGAAUCAGGUAGAACGAGAUUAGGCAUAUUGACUGAGGAAUCAAUUAUUGAAAAGAGUUUGGUCUUUGGCUUGUCAAAAGAGAAGUAUGUAAGACAAUGUCAUGUCUAUUACAUUGAGAUGAAGAGAAUGGAGUGAGAGAAGAUUACAUAAGGCCUCUAGAUCACUCCCUCUGGCCCCAUAACCUAACCUGUGGAUUGGUGUGUCUCAUCAUCCUGAUGAAUGACAGGACCAUAAGGUCAGGCUGAGCCACUGUUUCCCAAUCUCCCCUAGCUAGUAGGCCUAUGAUAUGUAGCAAAAACUAGACCACUGCCUGUCCCUAGUGCUCAAAUCUGGCACACAUUCGUCCCAGUGUUGUUGGUGUAGUGGUGUAUAUAUAUAUAUUGAUGACUCUGAGCAAUCUGUACCAGAGACCUGUGUGUACUGUGAUUCUGAACACUGCUGUGUUAUUGAGAGCUCUGCACAGGAUCCAUGACUUGAGGUCUACCCAGCCAUGAGCAACAGUGAUACAGUGGUAAUAUGAUAGAGGGGUUGGGUGAGAUGUACAGGGAAGGAGUAGGAGGGAGGGGGAGGUUGUACUGGAAAUUAAUACUUGUGCAUUCCACGAUGUGGUAGACUGGAGCAAUGAAACAAAAUGACUGUCUUUGUUUUCCCUGUUUUAAUCCCUCCCUAAUUUCCCUUGAGGUGUUGUCACAUGCCAGUGCAGGGCGAGGGAGAGUGAGAGACAUUCUCAGUAUGCAAAAAUAGAAUGUUUAAUAGUAUGCAACAUUUCGAAAAUCAAGUAUUGUUUAAAUGCCAGUAUGUUAUGUCUGGGUUGGCAUUGAGAAUCUCCCAGCAUUCCUUGGAGGGUUUUUUCAAGUCAAUUCAAAAACCCUUCCGGAUUUCUUAUGUCAUUUUUACUGAUGUUCUCUCCCUUAAAGUGCAGACUCAGCAGACAGCUCCUCAUGGUCUCUUACUCCAGGCCUCUUGGUUGGUUGGAGUCAAGUCAUAAAGUAGUGGUGAGCUGUGGGCUUUGGUUAGAAAACAGAUGGUGCACCUCAGCAAAUUGUCUGAGGAGGAGUUGCUGUGUUCGGAGAAUUGCAGCACCAAAUCAGGCUAGAACAUGUCUUAUGUUAGCUAUGUGAAAUGAGACUCAUUACACGCUGGUCUGGUGAGGCCUCCAGUACUGUGUGUCUGUCUCUGUUUUGUCAGUGCUAUGUGCCAUCACUACUAGUGUUACUUACCCUUCAAGACCAUAAUCAGGGCCAUAGCCAGGGACUGAUGGUAGGGGAGGGGGAGCGGAGUUGAAGAUCAUUUACUGCAUUUCUAUACAAUUUAAAAACUCUAAAAGGCUAUGUGGAGAACAGCAGAAACAAGCCGAAAUGGCCCCAUUUCUUAUCACCUUGGCUGCUGUAGCUUCAUUCACCACAGUCGAUCUACAGACCCAUAGCCUAUUAGCUAUACAAUUAGCCGCUACACGUUAACUCACAUUAACUCAGCACCGGGAUUAAAAACUGUAAUUUCAUACUUACAGAGGGAUCUGUUAGCAGAAAAAGUAUUUUAUAAACAAAAGGUAAACAAAUAUGUUGGCUUUACAGAGCAGUCUUUUGGUGCAGUGUUCCAGCUAAUCUCCUGCAAUUCUACACAUUUUGCCAUUACUUAUGCCAUGUUAAUAUGAAAUCUGAGUGAAAGUGAUUAACAAAAUCAAUAAGCCCCCUGGAGGUCAGGGCCCCUGUUCAUGUGCCCGGCCAGUAAUUCGGCCAUGAUUACUAAAAGUUAAGAUAGCUGUCUAGACUAAUUGAGUGACUGUCAGUGACCACGUUUACAUACACACCAAUAUCCUGUUAUUAUUCGGGAUACUCAAGUACUCUGUUUUUGAGUUGACGCAUAUAAACAUCAUAUCCCGUUUACAAUAACCCAAAAAAGCUUGUAUCCCAUUUAUGAGAAACCCGGAUAAGAUGCCUUGGAUAUGCUGAUCUAAGACGGAUACUGUGGCAUGUAAACAUCUUAUCCUGUUUAAUGUUGUUUUUGCGGUCUGCGCAGGCUCAGUUUCGAAUAUCAUGGGUGUUGUGAUGUUUUCAUCUGAUUGUCAAACAAAUCACUUCAAAAAGUAGGUUACCUGCACAUUUCGCUCCACCAUAAUAAUUCCAUAAUUUAGACUACUAUAAUUAAUUUACUAUAAUUUACUACUGGCUACUUUCACCCCUAAUUUACACAAGUUUCUGCUUAUAAUUUCUGGCAUUUGGUAUGCCAUUUGUUUGUCAACUAUAGUUUGAUACAUGCAGUUUCUCUUCUGUCAUAACUUGUUGCCCAGAAGACUAAAGUAGUGCUCACCAGAAUAAUGUUUUACAUCGAUAGAAGGAAUGCGUUAGUAAUCUAGUUAACACCUGUAAAGUUGUCUGUUUCGUUUAGGAACCGGGGAGAAAACGCAAUAAUGUCCAAAUGUCAUCAGUUUGACCGGUUUUAAGGAAAUGAAAAGCGGAGAAAAUUAUGAAACAUGUUUCUGAUAAGACUUCAGUUAGUCUUGGGUGCAUAUUUUAUGUGGUUAAAAUACUGUCAGCUUGCAUAACAGUGUCAAAGAUAACACAUUACACACGCAUUCACAUUUUCUCAAGAGAUGCUGAAAGAAAGAAAUAAUUUCUCCACUCCUGUUUGUUCUCCGCUAACAUCUGUUGUAUAAUUUCACUGCAAGUUAAUAUUGUAUUACGCUACAUGUGAGAGGUUAUAGGCCUACAGUCAGUGUCCAUAUUUCAGUUACUAUUCCAAUUAAUCCAUAUACUUAAAUGAGGAAUAUUUUGUUUAUUCAUGGUACAGGGAUACUCAUGAGCGGGAUAUCAAAGGUGCAUGUAAACAGCUACUAUAUGAGCUACUAUCCAAAAUACUGUGCACAUGUAAACGGGGUCAUUGAGUGACAUCAAGAGGAAAACUGCAGAUGCACAACCAAUUUUCAAAAUUGCACCUUGUGUAUUCUACUAUUCUAACUCAACAGUAAGUUGAGACCCUGACUGAGUUCCUAAAAAUGUAAUUAAAAAUAAAUCAAAUUCGGAAAAAUUACAGCGAUCCGGAGUUCUGUGUCCUUACGUAGCUAUAUUGGUUCUAACAUGUGUCUUGUGUUUUUCAGUGGGGAAGACUUCAUUGAUUACCAGGUUCAUGUACGACAGCUUCGACAACACCUACCAGGUAAGGCUAGACCACACAGACACCAUUUAAUCUGGAUAUGAUAGUUAGGGCUAGGUUUACUACGCCGUUGGUCUCAAUGCCUAACCCUAGUCCUGGUCCUACAACAGGGUGGGCAGGCAUUUGCUCCAGACCAACACUAACACACUUGAUUCAGCUAGUCUGUCUUUAUGAUUAGCCAAUUGAAUUAGGUCCAUCCCGUGUAGCUCAGUUGGUAGAGCAUGGCGCUUGCAAUGCCAGGGUUGUGGGUUCGAUUCCCACGCAGGGCCAGUAUGAAAAAUAAAUAAUGUAUGCACUAAGUCUGCUAAAUGACUAAUGUAAAUGUCUGUUAGUGCUGGGCUCGACUAGGCAAUAUGUUUGUUGUUCCUUCAUUUCAGUCUAACUACAGUACUAAAGCCUUUCCUUAUCAAUCUACCAUCUUCAUCAUUGUCAGAAACUUUCUCAUUCUUCAUUCUUUCUCAUUUCCAGGCCACAAUAGGAAUAGAUUUCUUGUCAAAAACCAUGUACCUCGAAGACCGAACAGUAAGUUUGACUUUCUUCUUUUUAAAUCGAUCUCUCUUGAAAUUGUCUUAUUCCAUGGAGUGGUAAUAUGCUGAUUAUGAUUGGAAUGAGUUCAUUUAAGUGAGUGUGUUAAUCAUGACUGUGGUGUUAUGUGAUACUUUUACUGAGGAAUGUUAAAUUGCAUUAUGGUGAUUUUUAGAAAAUGUCUCUCUUUGAAAUGUAAAGAUGUACCCAUUCACUGGUACGCACGCACCCCCACCAAAUCACACAGGUCUCUGUCUUUACUGUAUCCUUGCCAACAGUGGUUUCUGGGACUUUGGGGAUGCUGGGUAUCCUGUGUCCUGACUCUGUCUGCUCUAACUGUGUUUUAUCCUGGCCCAGGUUCACACACACAGCACACACACUAGCACCUUAAAGAAGCCGGAGAGCCGCCCUGUCCUGGACUUGGAUCCUGCCUCUUCCCUUUCUUCCAUUUUCCCCAUCUGCUCAUAUUCGGUUCAUUCUGGUUCUGAAAUUCAAUAUCUAGUGUGAAGGAGAGAAGAUCAUCUCAGAAAUGAGGCCUAGUACCCAUGAUUCCCCUGGCCCUCACCAUUCCUCCUAUGGUCACACACUCCCUGCAUGCAACCCUCUUUCUCUCUCUCUCUCUCCCGUUCUUCUCUAUUUCUCUCCCUUUUCUCUCAUUCAGAAGUUGAUUCAAUUUUGAUUUGUUUUAUUUCUUUAUUCUUUUUGGUUUCUUACUUCAUGUUUCCAUUGUUUCUGCGCUCCUUUUGUCUCCUUUUCUUUUCAUCCUUUCUUUUUCCUUUUCUUUUCCUUUAUUUCUCCUCCCAUCCGCCACAGAUCAGGUUGCAGCUGUGGGAUACGGCUGGGCAGGAGCGUUUCCGUAGCCUCAUCCCCAGUUAUAUCCGAGACUCUGCCGCCGCUGUCGUAGUAUACGACAUCACAAGUAGGUACUCCCCUCCGCGCCCCGCCCACUCGACGUGCGUGCGUGACCCCCCCCUCAACCCUCGUCCAGUUCUCCCCUCUCUUACCACCACCUCUUCCUCUCCUCCCCUCUUGCCCCUCUCCUCCAUCUCUCCCCUUCUCCUUCUCUCCCUGUGUGCUGGUGGUAACGUGCUGCUCAGGUGAGACUGCAGCUUUGGGACACAGCCGGCCAGGAGCGCUUCCGGAGUCUGAUCCCUAGCUACAUACGAGACUCCACCGUGGCCGUGGUAGUCUAUGACAUCACAAGUGAGUGCGGUCCCUAUUGAUGGAAAAGUGAUGGAAGGAUACCAAUCAAAACAAAAAAAGAUGUCCUCCUUUUUUGCCGCUGGCUCAAGUCCCUUUUCUAUUUUCUGUUUUUCCAUUCUCCUUUUUUCCCCUACCUGAUGCCUUUUGUCCCCUUUUCAUGUUUGUUGAUGUUUUCCUCCCACUCUUUUUUUGUAUAUGUCCACUUGGGCCACUUCCUUAUUUAGUCUGCUUUUUGCGUGAUUGUAGUCUGUGAACAUUUCUCUGUUUCAGUAUUAAAUAGACAAAUAUUAAUUUGUUCACCAGAAGGGCAAAGCAUUCGGUAGCAUACAUACAACCCAAUUAAAUAUUAGGCUACAGACAAAAUAGCUUUGAAUAGUAAAUAUCAGUCGGUAAAAUCUGUUUAUACUAAAUAGUUUAGUAGUUUCGUAGAUGAUUUCUUGUUUUUUCCAAUAGAGCAAUCUAAUUUCUUUUCAAUCCUUCCCUAUCUUUAUUUCUCUGGACCAGUCUUUCUUGAUCUCUCUUUUUUGGUCAUGUCAACCAUGACUUCUUAGGUUUGUUGUUCACCCAUAUACAAAACAAUGAAGUGUCUUAUUUAGUUUCAUUAGAAAUAAUUGGUAUCGGCAGCUUUGAUGUUGCUUCAGGGGCCUAUUUUGCCUGAUUAUUAAAUAACAAUGUUCAGUUUUCACAUGUGUCUCUGCUACCAUGUGUGUAUGUGUUAGGUGAUUGGCCAUUAGGGGGAGAUAAAAGCAGACAUGGCUCUGCAGCAGGGCUAGAGGACAUCUAUUUAACUGGCUCUCUGGGGAGGAAGUCUGACUGUCACUUCAGAAAAACGGACACCACUUCCAGCUGGAUAGACCGUUAAAUACAUAUAUACAGUCGUGGUCAAACGUUUUGAGAAUGACACAAAUACUAAUAUUCACAAAGUCUGCUGCCUCAGUUUUGAUGAUGGCAAUUUGCAUAUACUCCAGAAUGUCAUGAAGAGUGAUCAGAUGAAUUGCAAUUAAUUGCAAAGUCCCUCUUUGCCAUGAAAAUGAACUUAAUCCCCAAAAAACAUUUCCACUGCAUUUCAGCCCUGCCACAAAAGGACCAGCUGCCAUCAUGUCAGUGAUUCUCUCGUUAACACAGGUGAGAGUGUUGACGAGGACAAGGCUGGAGAUCACUCUGUCAUGCUGAUUGAGUUAGAAUAACAGACUGGAAGCUUUAAAAGGAGGGUGGUGCUUGAAAUCAUUGUUCUUCCUCUGUUAACCAUGGUUACCUGCAAGGAAACACGUGCCGUCAUCAUUGCUUUGCACAAAAAGGGCUUCACAGGCAAGGAUAUUGCUGCUAGUAAGAUUGCACCUAAAUCAACCAUUUAUCGGAUCAUCAAGAACUUCAAGGAGAGAGGUUCAAUUGUUGUGAAGAAGGCGUCAGGGCGCCCAAGACAGUCCAGCAAGCGCCAGGACCGUCUCCUAAAGUUGAUUCAGCCGUGGGAUCGGUGCACCACCAGUGCAGAGCUUGCUCAGGAUUGGCAGCAGGCAGAUGUGAGUGCAUCUGCACGCACAGUGAGGCGAAGACUUUUGGAGGAUGGCCUGGUGUCAAGAAGGGCAGCAAAGAAGCCACUUCUCUCCAGGAAAAACAUCAGGGACAGACUGAUAUUCUGCAAAAGGUACAGGGAUUGGACUGCUGAGGACUGGGGUAAAGUCAUUUUCUCUGAAUCCCCUUUCCGAUUGUUUGGGGCAUCCGGAAAACACCUUGUCUGGAGAAGACAACUACCUCAACUAGCCGGUGCCCCAGCACAUUGACUCUGCAGCGGUAGCCCCCUGUAUAUAGCCUCGCUACCAUCAGUCCUGUGUCAUGCCAACAGUAAAGCAUCCUGAGACCAUUCAUUUGUGGGGUUGCUUCUCAGCCAAGGGAGUGGGCUCACUCUCACAAUUUUGCCUAAGAACAUAGCCAUGAAUAAAGAAUGGUACCAACACAUCCUCCGAGAGCAACUUCUCCCAACCAUCCAAGAACAGUUUGGUGACGACCAAUGCCUUUUCCAGCAUGAUUGAGCACCUUGCCAUAAGGCAAAAGUGAUAACUAAGUGGCUCGGGGAACAAAACAUCGACAUUUUGAGUCCAUGGCCAGGAAACUCCCCAGACCUUAAUCCCACUUGUGGUCGAUCCUCAAGAGGCGGGUGGACAAACAAAAACCCACAAAUUCUGACAAACUCCAAGCAUUGAUUAUGCAAGAAUGGGCUGCCAUCAGUCAGGAUGUGGCCCAGAAGUUAAUUGACAGCAUGCCAGGGCGGAUUGCAGAGGUCUUGACAAAGAAGGGUCAACACUGCAAAUAUUGACUCUUUGCAUAAACUUAAUGUAAUUGUCAAUAAAAGCCUUUGACACUUAUGGAAUGCUUGCAAUUAUACUUCAGUAUACCAUAGGAACAUCUGACAAAAAUAUCUCAUAACACUGAAGCAGCGAACUUUGUGAAGACCAAUACUUCAAAUCAAAUUUUAAUGGCCACAUGCGCCAAAUACAACAGUGAAAUGCUUACUUACAGCCCUUAACCAACAGUGCAUAUAUCUUUUUAAUAAAAAAGUAAAAUAACAAAAAAGUGUUGAGAGAGAAAAAAAGAGCAGAAGUAAAAUAAAAUAACAGUAGGGAGGCUAUAUAUACAGGGGGGUACCGCUGCAGAGUCAAUGUGCUGGGGCACCGGCUAGUUGAGGUAGUUGAAGUAAUAUGUACAUGUGGGUAGAGUUAAAGUGACUAUGCAUAAAUAAUUAACAAUACUUGUGUCAUUCUCAACUUUUGACCACGACUGUACAGUCUAUGUCCCUCAAACUCAACUCUGGACCUUGAAGCCAGUUCCACUGCAUCUUUUCAUUGUUCCCCUCUAAUCAGGGACUGAUUUAGCCCUGGGACACCAGGUGUGUGCAAUUAAUUAUCAGGUAGAACAGAACCAGCAGGCUCCGGACCUCGUAGGGUAAGAGUUGAGUACCCCUGGUCUGUGGGAUAAACAGAUAGACAGGAAGGCAGAAUACAAGGAAAUGGAUAGAUAACAUAGUAGCCUAGAUGGAUGGAUGGUGUAGUGGCUAAAUUGUCCAAUUUAAUUGUACCAAAACAAUUUCCACAGUGGAGAGUGGUGAAAUGUUAGUCUUGACGCAUACAAAUCCAAUGUCCAGAGUGAUUCAAGUUGAAAAAUAAUCGUCAAUUAAUUUUUCGUUCUUCUGUUUACAAAAUGUAAAGAAAAAUCUAACAAAACGAAUUCUGAUCAUUCAAACUAAAGAAACAAAUAGCAUGGUCUGGUAUGGUCAAAAGUCUGCUGCCGUUCCAGUCAAUCCCAGUAAGCCUUGGAGUCUGUAGGCCUUUUAACUGUAUUCUCCAUCAGCCUGUCGAGUGGGGUACACACACUUGACAUGGGAUUAGUGGCAAACACACACAACUGAAAUUCCUUAUGAAUUUGAAACAUAAAAAUGUACAAUAUAACCUAUUUGGCUCCUACAUAUGGAUAAAUAGAUAGGACAUGGGAGCUGGAUUUACUUAGUUUAAUGAUCUUACUUGUUGUUACAUUCUCUGUAUAUUUGUUACUGUCUCUGUCAUUCUGCUCAUCACCACAAUUCAGUACUCGUCACAACCUGAAUAGAGAUGAACAUGUAUUCUCUGAUCUCUCUCUCUCUCUCUCUGCCCUACUCCCCUCCCUCCCUCCUCCUGUGUCAGAUGUCAACUCUUUCCAGCAAACCACAAAAUGGAUUGAUGACGUCAGAACGGAGAGAGGAAGUGAUGUCAUCAUCAUGCUGGUGGGAAACAAGACGGACCUUGCAGACAAAAGGUGUGAGUGACGUAAUAACUGAAGGCUAAAGUCAGUAAGCCUGUAGAGCUCUUCAGUCCUCCUCAGACCAGGGGCCUCAUAAUAAUUGAGUCAAUUUUACACUAAAUAUCUGUGUGAGCCAUUUCUGAAAAGACUGCGCACGCACAAAUAUAGAGAUGUAUAAACUUGGUGCAUGCCAUACAUGCAUACGCAUGUUUCCCGUUAUAAAUCAGACCUCUCGUAAAACUGCACGCCUGAAAAAUGCCCUUCAUUCACCUUUUAUGGUGACGAUAACGCCCUUAUUUGCUGUAUACUGUAGAAGUAUUGGAAUUAGGCCAAGAUGGCCUCUAAAGGAAAUAACAAUGGCGAAAUUGAUCAAAUGUCUUUGGCGGUGUUGAUAGGCUAUAGCAAAUGUCAAUGCAAAAGAAAACAUCCUAUCUGACCGUUUCUGAAAGACAAAAGCAAUUGCAAGUUGUGGACCUGUAAACUGAUCGUUUCCAUGUCCAUUUCCUGCAAUGAUCAUGGAAAUGAAAUAAAUAAUAGGAAAUAGAUGCCUAUUUCGAAUUAUUUUAGAAUGCAAAGAUAAAAUACAUUUAUUUUCGCUUUUACAUUUUAGUCAUUUAGCAGACACUCUUAUCCAGAGCGACUUACUGUUAGUGAGUGCAUACAUUUUUCAUACUGGCCCCCCGUGGGAAUCGAACCCACAACCCUGGCGUUGCAAGCGCCAUGCUCUACCAACUGAGCUGGAUCUUAUUAUAUUCAGCUAACUUUUUUUUUGUUAUUAUUAAUGUAUCAUAUAUUCCUGCACAAGGCUUCUAGGCUACUUUUGCCUUCUUGCAAUGCAAUACUUCAACCAGUGGAAACUGUGCGUACGCAUAGUCUAAAGUUUGCGGGAGGAUAAGCACAUUCUCACGUUCAGUUUUUAUAAAUGCCAUCUUUUGCGUGAGAACCGGCACACACAUUUUUUUAGGGCAUAUUUUGUGCUUAUGCAACAUUUUAUAAAUGAGGCCCCAGGUCCUGGAGGGCUCUCUCCAUUGGAGCAUACUAAUGAAUCCACUGAUUGUAACUGUAGAGAGAUUUAAGACUGUCUGAGACCUUUAGGCUCUCCUGUGUUGAGUGGGAAACACUGCUGUCUAGGUACGGCUGAGCAGGGACUUGUUGGCCAUAACAAGGGAUCCAACCUCUUCCUUUGAUACAGGCCCUAUAGAGACUGAUCUGUCAGGGGUUGAAUAGACCACACAGAGACUCUUUUGAGAUUAGCAUGACCUAGAUAUAUUAGAAUUAUUCAGAGAUUCAACUGAUCAUAGCAUGUCUUAUCCAUUUGUGUGUUCAAACAAUUGUGAUAGCCAAACCGCUCCUUUUUAUUUUAACACAUGGUUUGCCACUAUAACCCCCAAUGCUUUUCGCCUUAAAACAACUGCUUUGAAUUACUAUUCCCAUUUUUUAUUUUUAUUGAUUGCUGUCCUGCUGUGUUGUAUUAUUGGCAUGCUGUGUCUAUAUGAACUGACCGUAUGCUGUUGCUGUGCAUAUUUAACCCUCUUAUCUACCACAGGCAAGUUGCUAUUGAAGAGGGUGAGAGGAAGGCCAAAGAGCUAAAUGUAAUGUUUAUUGAGACUAGUGCUAAAGCAGGUUACAACGUCAAGCAGGUGAGUUUGUGACUGAGUCGUGCUCUCCGUCCAUGCUUCCACUGCUGCUGCCUCGGCUCACCGUCGAAAGGUCACCCAUUAUAGUCAGAGUUCAGGGGUUAAGGGUCAAAUGCUACAGUAAUGAUGGAUGGGUAGGUUUAGUUUAGCCCAAUCCUUAUAUGGAAUAUGUAAGGUCAUUAGCAUUUGUGAAAUGGCUCGCACAGGCACACCAUUCUAUAAUACCCAUUGAUUGAUAAUUUUAGAUUUAAGCGCCUUUCAUUUGUAUCCUAUAUGGUGUAUUGAACCAGGAGCUGAGGUGGUACUCUGAGGUGUUGAGAGAUGAAGUAGGAGCUGUGUGGGCACUUUUCGACGGAGCAGAGGUUGCAGGAGGAGAAGCAGCAGGAGGAGACACGGCAUGUUCAUCCUUCACUUCAUGAUGUUCACCUUCUCUUUUUCAUGUGUUUGUGUACAUCUGGUGUGUGUGUCUGUGUCGUGUGUCAUCGCAGACAGAUAACCACAGAAGAAGGGGAACAGAGAGCCAAAGAGCUGAAUGUUAUUUUUAUUGAAACAAGUGCAAAGACAGGCUACAAUGUCAAACAGGUAGAGCGCAGCGUGUGUGUGAUGUGUGCAGUGCUCACGCGUUCUUCUGACAGCUUCUCUCUCAUGUGUGCGCGUGCAUAUCACCAUGCGUGUGUUGAACGCUGGCUUGCAUUUACACUAAAUGGGGUCCUUGGAUAUGUCUCAGAACUCCUGCCUACCAAUCUCAUGUCAGUCAUAAUAACCAAAGACCAGAGGGUUCUUUGCACCCUGGGACAGACCAUCCACUGCCCUUUAGAGGUGUGGGCUCAGAGUUGGUCUGCUGGGUGGGACAGAGUUUUUAGACUUGUAAUCCACACCCCAGGUUUGAUUUGAAGUGAUUUCUCUGACCAAUAUCAAAUUAUUAUAUUUAAUGCAUUAUCUGCAUGAUCUUGAACUCCUCCUCUCCAGCAGGUUCAUUUAUUGGAUGGUAUUCUACCUCCUUUUAGGAGGAUAUGUAUAUGAUUACUGCUGUCUACCUUAAACCAAUUAAUGAACAAAGCUUGAAUCAGUCUGGAUACUAUCUUAAGCAUUGGGUUUCGUGAGCUCUACAGUAGGUUUGUGUGGAAGGCACGCUGUACAGAUCAUUUAUGAAAGAGGCCUUUGUUCAAACCCUCAGGCAAGUGAACAUAUUAUUAAAGCAAGCAGCGUACAUGAGGAGCAGUUUCCCCUGCUCAAACCAACUAAGAUAAAAGAAUGAGCUCUGAUUUACUGAUUAGAAUCAUAGAUGAUUGACCUAUCAAACGCACACAGAUUCUAUGGGCUCUCCUUUCUCAUGGUGUCUGCCUCUGGACAGGUGAACCUUACAGUGUGCCUGUUUUAAUGCUUCCAAUGACGAUGUAUUAAGAAGACCGAAAGCCCACAGAGCUGCCCUGCCCUCUCUGUGGAUGGCAGGCCACAUGUCAGGGCAGGAUGUCUGGAAUGGUCUGACUCUGACAGACAAGGUCUGUUCUCUCUCCUGCAGCUGUUCCGGCGCGUGGCUGCUGCCCUCCCUGGCAUGGAGAGCACACAGGACAAGAGCAGAGAAGACAGUAUCCUUACUCUACACAGACACACGUGUGUAUGACUACACAUGUUUUUCAGUGGCAAUAGUAGUUAUAAAUGCUUACAGAUUGUACUCAAACAUUUAGAGACACCUAUUGGCUAGCUUGUAAACCUAUUGACACAUAUUGAGAAGAUGGGAAGUGUUUGAAAGGACUUCAUGUGUUCCUGUCUGACCUCUCUGAGUUGGUCCUUAACCCCUCCUCCCCCAGUGAUUGACAUAAAGCUGGAGAAGCCCCCAGAACAGCCCGUCAGCGAAGGAGGCUGCUCCUGCUAACUCCUGCUAACUCCAGCCUCCGUUUAUCACGCUCUUCCCAUCCCUCUGUUUCUCUCUCUCUCCUGCGCUUUGUUCUUGAUCUUUCUCGCCCUGGCUUAUUCACUCCCCCUAUUGGCCUCUAUACUGUACCUUUCCUCUCUGCUUCACUGCGCUCCCUCUCUGAACUCCUUGAUUCCUAACUCCUUCACCGCAGCCUGAAAGAGAAGAACACUACCUGUCCAUCAUCCUUGUUGUCGUGGAAACCUGCUCUCUCGCUGAGAUGACCUUAAGCUUAACAAGCAAAAAGUGGAUGUGAAUGCUAUUAUAUUUCAUUUGAACUUUCACUCUACUUUGGCAAUCAAAAAGGAAAUUAUUUAUUGUUAAAAAAUAUUCAAGCACUGUAUCCUGUUUUUCUGUAAAAUGCCAUGCAAGUGACUCGUUCCUACGUCAUACUUCCGUGUUCAUAUCCCUGGUCUUUUACAUGGGCUUCAAGAUAAUAUCUUCAUAUUUAUGAAAACACGGAUAUAUUAGGCUUUGUGGAUGAAAUUAAUUCUGCCAGAUGCCUUUUAUGACAUUUUUGAAGAUUGAAGACUAUUUAAAAGGCCUAGAAAAGUUCAAAAACUACAAGGUUACUUGCUGCGUCACUUGCAUGGGUAUACUCUGUGGAAAUGGUUGGUUGGACAGUUGUCAAAAAUGAUGGCAGCAUGUGCGGAACCUAGACUUCAGUCAUGGAUACUGAGUGGAAUUUUUCUGCCAUAAAUGGGUUCUGAAUGGAUUAUUACAGCUCAGCAGCCCCCAAGAAUAUCACUCACUCAGUGACAGGUAAAAGUUGAGCAUACCAACCUUUCCUUUUUUUGCCGGUCCCACCACAGAGUAGCCACACAGUGUCACUCCACAGAAGCAUGGUAUGACAACACAAUGUAGGGAAACUACAAGAACUCACACACACACAGCAUCAUGACACAGUCCCACCACAAUAACGUAAAGUAACAACAAUAAAACACAAGGGCAGUCUCACUACCACAACACGACCGUCCUUAAUUUCUCCCAUUGUCCUCACAAAUGAAUAAAAACUAUCUUCAUCUUGGCUGCCAUUUUCUAUUAUAUCUCUUGCUUAGAUCUUUACUUUUUUGUAAAGAGUACAAUUAUUAUCAUAGAUGAAAAGAUAUUGCUUUGGAGAACGGUAGUGUUUGUGAAAUGAUUUUAGAAUGUUGAGAAGUAUAUUCAACACAAACCCAACUUUGUUAGAUAUGCAGACAUGCCUUUUUAACAGUUAAUUGUAGAGGGCUUCCAUGGUUUUGGGAUUUCCUGGCUUUGUUCGGUUUGGUUUAAUGUUAUAUCGACACUUUAGAGGUAUAAUUUUUAAUUUUUUGGUUUUGAUCUUUUGUUAAUGAGAAUUAUCGUACAUGUUCAUUCAGUCCACAAUGACUUGUAAUAUGUAUUUAUACUGGAUCAUGUUUCUUUGUUAUUACUGUUAAUACUAUCAUUCUUGGGAUGAUCCCUAAAUGGCUAAUAGAGUAUUUUGUCAACCACCUGAUUUU